AUGUCCAAAGCUUUCAAGGUGGAUACUACUCACUUUUCAUUUUUUGGUGUUCGUGACAAGACCAUGGAAGUACUUCCGAAGUUGGACGAGCUGAAAGAGCUUACUUCUACUGAUCACUUUGAACACGCGGUCUACCUCGACUCCGAUACCAUUGACUUUGUCGAUGAAGUCGACGGUGAAGCUGUUGAAGCCCAACUUGCUGAGGUCUAUGCGUUGGAGGUGUACCGCGAAGAAAUUCGUCGUGCAGAGCAAGUCAUUCUGGACGAGGCGGUCGCUCGAAGUUUCUACGCCAAGGAGGAGCACAAGCUGUUGAACGCUACCGACUAUGAUCUGGACGCGGACAGCGAUGACGAUAGCUCGUUGAUUCUGGUGGAAAUCUCUGAUGCAGAAUCCAAGCCACCUCCAAACUGCAUCAGUUGUGUGGAACCUCUCGAAGACAAAGCCACUCGUCGCGUUCUAAGUUGUGGUCAUCUCUACUGCACGAAUUGUAUCGCCACACGUUGUCGUAUGGGUGUUCUGGAUCGCUCCAUGGUACCUGCACACUGUUGUAAGAGGGAGUUCCCUACCGACUACGUGAAAGAGGCUCUGAAUGCUGUCGACUUCGCCACCUAUGAGCAAUUUCUGAAAGACAGGGACUGGCGUUCGCUGGACUUGCAGUCGGAUCGCGACUACACCAAUGUCGUGCGGCAGAACCACGCAGUGCAGUGUCCUGGAUGUGGCGUGGGAGUGCAGAAAGUAAUGGGAUGCAACCACAUGACGUGUUUGAAUGGCCACCAAUUCUGCUUCUUGUGCACCAGCAAGUGGAAAACUUGCGCUUGUCAGACUUGA